UCAUCGAUCAGUGUGGUGUGUGUCUCCGCGUUGUUGCUCCGGGAAGGGGUUUUUUUUUCAGUGUUAAAAAUUUUGUUAAUAUCCGACGCAUCCACGUUCGGUAUUCACAACAUAUAAAAAUAAUCCAAAACCCCAACUCGCGUCUCGUUUUAUACUCAAAUCCCAAGUUAAACAAUCAGUGACAGGAAAGGGCUCCAGUGUGAGCCCCCAACCGGUGAGGACAAAAGGGAUUUUUUUUAAAACAUCAGAGUAAUCAAGGAUGCAGCCAAGGAUAUACUGGAUUCUUGCCUGCGCGGCCGUCAUCUUCGUUGGGUGCAAUGCCGCUGGAACAGAGAAGGAGCAAAGUGGGAAGGAGCGAUCAACGGGUAACGCAAACUAUAAUUCAUUUCCGGACGAUCUCUACCUAGACGAUCAGGAAGCCUUGGAAGGCUCUGGUCGAGGUGGUGGUGAAGUGAGAGACGACCUCGAGGCAUCGGGCAGUGGUCUAGGUCCCGACGACGAAGACGGCGACGGUGAUCGAGAUUUCAAUAAUAUCAACAGAAGGAUAUUGCCGGAGCAGAAACCAGCCGAGCCAAAUACUCCCUACGUCGAGGAUCCCCACGACACGAAGCACGUCACCGAGGAUCUUGCCCCCAAGAGACCAGAUAACGAAGUAGACCUAGCACCUGCUCGAGAGGACGAGCCAGAGGGUGAGGAGGACCCAGACGACCCGCACGAGGUGUUAAUCAUGAAUCCCAAGCACGAGGAUCGUGCGAGCUCGUUCUUCGCACAACCAGGCGUUCUAGCCGCUGUCAUUGGAGGAGCGGUUGUCGGUCUACUGUGCGCUAUUCUCGUGGUAAUGUUCAUCGUAUACAGAAUGCGUAAGAAGGACGAGGGCUCGUAUGCCCUGGACGAGCCAAGAAGAUCCCCAGCAGCGGCGUCGUACCCAAAACCCGGUGCGCCACAUCACAAUCGUGAAUUUUACGCUUGAAGGGAUUAAAAUUAAUUCAAAAAUUAUAUUUCGGUCCGUGCCAAGGGCGGUAAAACCGAUAUUGACCGAGUCAAGACAUGAUUAAAUUCAAAAACAACAAAAUCGUUUAAAAACACAAAAAAAAACCACAAAAACAGGAUUUAAAAAAAUUGCAGAUGGAAUUUUGAUUGUGGAAAUGGCGUUAAGCCGUCGAAAAGGGGUUUGUCCGCAAGUUUUUCCCAAUCCCUAAAUAAAUCCAGAGGACAUUCUAAAACAUGUCCCUCUGGUUCGUCUCUGCCAAUAAAGAAAAUCUCCACUGAAUCCACAAAAAUCCCCGCAAUUACCAGAAAAAAAAAAUACCUCGAUCCCCGCGACUUGCGACCCCUGACAAUUCCAAAUGCGUUUUACAUAGAACGAGUGAUAAAUGCGAGUGGAGAAGAAUAAUGUGUGUAUGUGUAUAGGACUGAGAGAAGUUUAUUGUGAGUCGUCCAAUCCUCCAGUAAUUUUUUUUUUAAUUUUUUUUUUACAUCACGCCUUCGUACAGUAGCAACUGAGGGAGGAGAGGUUUCAGGGGGUCGUGAAUCCUCUCCAGAAAUCCUCUCUCCCUUUUUUUACGUUCUGAAAAAAAAAACAAGAACAAUCCCUUUUGUAUCACGCCAUUUCCCUGAUUCUCUAUUAAAGAAUUUCUCGAUAAAUCUUGGAUUUCUGGAGGAAUUAUUGACCAGAGAAUGGGGGAAAUGUAGUCCAGUCUCUUUCCAGCUGCAAAUAAUUUUUAAUCGAUUUAACGAAUUAUUGUGCUGGGGUGCAGAGGAUUUCUGCUGGAAUGAGACAGUGACUGCAAUUUUAAUUCUCCUUCCCCCAUGGAGUUAGCGCACACGAGUCUUGACUGACUGAAACACACGUUUGCCAUAUUGAUCAUGAAAUUAUACCGAUACUUGAUCCAAGAGAUCUCUUCGUGUUUUUCCCCCCCUUUUUUUAUUCUAUUUAUUGUGCGAUUGAGUGCAGUAAUUAUUUAUUUGCACGUUUAAUUCGAUGAAAAUUGUGAAUUAUUGAGAUUUUUUCCUCGUACCAGAGUUGAUUGUCUUUUUUAUUGAUUAAUUAAUAAUUGUAUUUCUUUCUCAUUGGUGUUCAGUGAAAAUAUGGAAACUGGCAGCUAGAGAUUAAAUGAAAUAGAGAAGAUUUAAUGGAGGAAUAAAUUAAAAAAAAAAACGCGUCAGCGGUGGCAUUUUACUUUUCUCAAACAUUUGUAUCUAAAUAUUGGUAGGAUUUAAUAUUUAAUCGUUAAUUCUACGGCUAUUUGUAAAUUCGACACUUUCCUACCAUUGUAUUCGAUACGUCGAUUAUCGAGAGACAGAUGCUAUUUAACAAUGAAAACACGGAUAAGUCAUUGAAAUUAUGCAGAUGGCAAACCAUUUGAGGGUAGGGGAUUGUGUAUACGAUGGGAGGACAGAUGAUAUGAGAUCGUGAGAAGUUGUAGAACGUAGUCACAUCACGUCUGACAUAUUGUCAAGAUCGAAAUAGUUAUGUUCCACAAUUUCCCAAUAGAGCAUUUGAACGAUUUAUUAAAAGCGAUGAAUAUCAUACCGAUACUGCCAUAUUAAUCUAAGAAACAUGAAUUUGGCAUGAAUAAAAGAAAAACCGCGGAUUACGCCUUAGCAGCAUCGAUCCUCCUCAUAUCGUAGAUAAACUCUGUAAUUAAAGUGAUGAAAAAAGUAAUUCCUCUACCUGUUGAACAAUUCAUCGACCUAUUUGUUACAUUCCGACGAUAAAUUGAACUAACGAAACAUUUGAAUUCGUUGCUAAACGACUAAUUUCUCACUGUUACAACUCCUUCAUUUGUGAUUAACUCGAGAGGGUAGUGUUUUUUUUGUCUUCACUGUGGAGCACGUAAUUAUUUAUUAUCGAAAAAUCUAACUGCGCAUGUUCCUGGCAGUUAGUGUGGAAUCGGGUGGGUCACACCUCGAUGUGACGUUUCGAUUGAAUUUUUUUUUUGUAACCAUGACAGUUAUGAUUUGAACAAAUAAACGCACAUUGGCGCAAAGUUUAUUGGCAUCGUGCGUAACUCGAUUAUUUAUGAGAAAAUAAAUGUUGAAUUGAUUAAUCUGACAAUUUCGUUGAACGCCACUCGUUCCUGAGAUAUUAAGGGAAUAGUGGAAAUGUGAUUUUUGACAAUUCUCUCCCUAUUUUUGUCUCUCCUCUCAAUAAAUCCUAAAUCCCUCCACAAAUCACCACAAAUCUCCAAUCAACUCGAUACAAAUCAGAUCGAAUUUCAUCUCCAUCGCAAUUAACUGGGGAGAAUCACAGGCAGAAUUCAUCGUUAGGUAGUACACAAUAUUCCGUACAUUGAAAAAUCUAGAGAAGAGGCAAAAAACGUACGAUUACCAUGACAAAAUGAAAUCAUCGAUGAAAAAAAAGAACAGCAAUGAAAAAUAAAAAUAUAUUCAAUUCCACCAGCCAAGCGCAGCAGUUCUGUAUUCACCUCCUUAAUCAUGAAUUCCACCGUAAACCAGAGAGAGUGAGAAAGAAAAAAUACUCUCGGGGAAUGUCAUUGAAUAAUUCCAAGCGAUUUGUAAACCCAGCGCGAGCUCAUCAAUCACUCAAGAAAAUGAACAUAAAGAUAUUGAUAUAAAGAAAAAGCCCGAUUGUCUACUUUUUAAUUAAGAAGAAAAUGAUAAUUAUAAUGAAAUCAUAUUUUAUAAGAGGGUGUAUUCAAUAAUACUUAUAGCAAUUGAGAAUAAGAGGCGAAGAAAAAUGAUAAAGUCUCCGAUAGUGAAAUGAUACUGCAGACCAGGUGGACGAAUGAGAUGAUUUUUUGCGAAAGAUAUAAAAGAAUACGACAAAUAUUUAAUAGCUAUUAAAAUCUAUCAUUAAUUACUAUCAUUUAUCCCUCCCCCUCUGCAUCGUUGAGCAAUCUAUAUAUUUUUCCUUCCCCCAGCAUAUCUACAUAUAUGUGUAUAUAUUAAUAUCACACACUCACUGGAUCAGCCCGUAUAUACAUGUAUAUGUACUUAUUCGCCCGUGAGUGGAAAAUUCAAACAGAAAUAACAAUUUACGCCUCCGUUAAUCGAAUAUUAAAAUUAUUCCCCUGUUGUAAUGUUUUUCCUCGUUUUGCCUUUUACUCGUUAUUUUAAAAUAUAUAUAUCGUUUUAUUCUGGUUAAACCAUCUGCAAAACGAUUACACGUGAAAAUUUAAUUGGAAAUACCAGAGCUCGUGAUUAUUACGAGAGAGAGAGAGAAAGAGAAAAAUUAUUGAGUAAUUACACAGGCUUUCGCGCUCGCGUACCCUCGCGAACGCGUAUGAAUAAACAUAAUACGUUAUUAUUAAUUAACAGAUGAACAUGAAUUAAUGAUAAUUGCACUAUAUUAGUAUGGAUAACAAUUAUUGUAUGUGGUCGCUCCUAUUCUGUAAAUAAACACUGUACUGUAUAAGAUUAAA